ACGAUGCCAAAUCCGGAGGAACUUCGAUGAGGAAACCAAGUGCCACACAUGCGUGCUGUAAAAUUUAAUGCGCCAGAAAAUUUCAAACGAGCAAAUUCAUCUAACCCAAUAGAAUAGAAAUAUGCCAGAAGCGUUCGAGAUCGGACUUAGGAACUCAAGAGGCAAAUGUGAAACAUAUGUACGAACGUACGUGUGUGGAGUUGCAGCUUCCAAUUUUUGGUUAUUGUUCUUUGCUGGCAGCGAAUAGAAAUUGAAUUAGACACUCGCACAGACAAUAAAAGAAAUAAACAGAGCCAGCUGAGCAAUUCAAUUAAGAAGACAAACGACGAACCCAGUACCAUUCCAAAUUAAAGCAUUUAACGCAAGCAGAGCCACAAGACAGGAACUGGAAACUUUUCCGGCUCACUCUAUGCCACAUCCUGUGCUAGUCCCCACCCAGCGGUAACCAAGAUUCUCGUCUACAAAAUGUCCCUGGCCGACAUGGGCACAGCCUCCCGAUCCGCCGGCGGCGGAGGAGGGGGAAGGCACUACGAUCUGGCCGCAGGCGGAGGUCAUCCUGCUGGCGGUGGUCUGCCCGGGGGUCGCAUGACCCACUCCCUCAGCACUCCCUCCGGGGUGGAUGGCACGCCCUCGACCCCCCGCCACCGGGGUGGGAAGAAACUAACGGUUCGCAUCCAGAUGCUGGACGAUUCGAUCACCAUGUUUCAAGUGCAGGCCAAAGCCCUGGGACGUGUGCUUUUUGAGCAAGUUUGCCGCCAGUUGAAUUUACUCGAGGCCGACUACUUUGGCUUGGAGUACCAGGAGGUGUCCACACAUACCAAAUACUGGCUGGACCUGGAAAAGCCGAUGAAUCGCCAGGUGGGCCUCUCACUCAUCGAUCCAGUGCUGCGCUUCUGCAUCAAGUUCUACACGCCCGAUCCAGCGCAUUUGGAAGAGGAGUAUACCAGGUAUUUGUUUUGCCUGCAAAUCAAACGCGAUUUGGCCACAGGUAGCUUGCAGUGCAAUGAGAAUACGGCCGCCCUGAUGGCCAGCUACAUCGUACAGGCAUCAUGUGGCGACUUUGUGCCCGAGGACUAUCCCGACCACACCUAUCUGUCCUCGUACCGCUUUGUGCCACACCAGGAUGCCACUAUGCAACGGAAGAUUAUGGAGAACCACAAGAAGCACUUUGGCCAGUCUCCGGCGGAGGCGGAUCUCAACCUUUUGGAGACUGCUCGGAGGUGUGAGCUUUACGGCAUGAAAAUGCAUCCGGCGAAGGAUGUCGAGGGGGUGCCACUCAACCUGGCUGUUGCCCAUAUGGGCAUCACGGUGUUCCAGAACAUCACGCGCAUUAACACCUUUUCCUGGGCGAAGAUUCGCAAAAUUUCCUUCAAGCGCAAGCGUUUUCUGGUCAAACUUCAUCCCGAGGGAUAUGGAUACUACAAAGACACUGUGGAGUUCUUCUUCGAGGGGCGCAACGAGUGCAAAAACUUUUGGAAGAAGUGCGUAGAGAAUCAUGGGUUCUUCCGAUGCACUACCGUGCAAAAUACGCCCAGGCGCAAAACCAGGGUUAUCUCACGGGGCAGCUCAUUCCGCUAUAGCGGCAAAACGCAAAAGCAGAUUAUCGAGUUUGUCCGCGAGAACUACGUAAAACGUCAAAACUUCCAAAGGUCUCAGUCAUUCCGGCAAGGGCCACUGAAUGCUAGUAGCCGAAGUCAAUCGCAUACGUAUGUGAAUUCCAGCAUUUCAGCCAAUCCCCUUCUCCCAAUUGACACUGCGGCAUGGGACUAUCGCAAUCAAUGCAGCGACUCGAUGACCCCUUCUCAGACGAAGAAGGCAGCGGAUACCUUGGAUCGCCGACGCGACAAUCCUAUCGACCACAUGCGUUCUCAAGUCACAGCAGCCCAGGUGGAGAUCUAUCAGACGAAGAACUAUGCAGCGGACUCGCCAACCUCCCAGGAGGAAGCGGAAUGCUCGGCGGCGGCGGAACGGCAACACCACUCGGCAGUGGCUAUGGACCAAAUGAAUUCGAACCGCUCGCUUUCGCCCCAGGGACCGCAGUCGUGGACUUCUCCCAGCCACAGCAGCCACCUCCAACAGCGCGGUCCCGAUCAGGCUCGUGUGCAUCCAGGCGAUCACAAUUUAGGUCUGAGCCACUUGUCCCACUUGUACAGCAGCAGCACCCCUCGUCGAGUCUCAGUGGGAUCCCAAGCGUUUGUCCCUGCGUCGCCGCAGCUCAUCAGCAUCAACACGCACAGCAGCAGCAGCAACCACAACACUAUGCACAACACCAGCACAGCGGGUCGUUCGGCGGAUCUCAACAGCUCCAUGGAGUUGGAGGAGGAGGUGGAGGACCCGGGAACUGCGGACACGGAGGAGGAGGGGGAGCCUAUGGGGGAGGAGGAGGAGGAAUUAGUCGAGGAGGAAGCGGAUUCGGACUUGACGGCAUCUACCAUCAAUCGGGAGACUAUGGGGGCAGCCUUACCGGCGGGAGCAUCGGGCUCGGCUUUGGGCUCGGGCUUGGCCAGUGCCCAUCGUCCGCAGCUUCGGUCACAGGAGUCCCAGUCGCAAACUGCCACGCCAGUCCAUUAUAGCAGUACCAGCUAUUCGAUGUCUAAGCAGUGCAUGCUGAACAACGCCAAUGCCAACUCGACCGAAACUGAGACGGACAACAUAAUCUACACCGACAUCAACGACAUGGGCCACUACAAGUAUCCGGACUUUCACAGCUCCGCCCACCAGGAGCACAAGAUAUCGAACAGCGAGCACUUGAACCUCAACGAGCGGAACGACAUUUAUGCCACUGUUAACCGCAAGGCCAAGUCCAAGAUCCGCGAGAAGCACUUCAGCGACGAGUUUAUCGAUCAGUCAAUCCUUCAGUAUACGAGGGCCAAGCAAAUGGGCCUUAGCCAAGUUCCGGCUCUCCUCCAGCAGCCCAGCACCUCUGCUUACGCGGCUGCUGUCCAGGAACGGAGCUACAACAGCGGGAACUAUCAGUAUCACAACGAUCUCAACCACCCCUCGGAGUCUUCGUCCUCCUCCUACUUUGGCACUGGCUUCGGCACCAAGCGGUACGGCCAAGGAGAGCGCACGAAGCUGGCUCAGUCCGAGAACUACUUGACACCCUCGUUGGACUCGCAGAGCUCCCGGCACACCCACUCCCUUCCCCGGAACUCGGAACUGUCUGGAGUUGACUCGGUGGACUCAUACGACAGCCACUACAUCACCCACCACUCGGUGGGCAUUCUUCCACCCGCGCGGCUCGCUUCUUCCUCGGAAAAGCUUGAGUACCAGCUGGCCCCGGGCAACCUCUAUUCGACGACCCAGUUUGUGAAACCCGAGGAGGCUGCCGCCCACUACAUGGACGAUGAAGAGGAAGAGGAGGAGGAUGAGGGCGAGGACGGCGAGAACAUCUACGACCAGGUUGAGCGCGAGUCCUGGCUGAAGAGCAGCUCGUGCAAGGACCUCUUCGAGCGGUACAGCAGCACCUACUACGACCGCGAGCAGCCCAAGCCGAUGACCGCUUUCGACAAGGAGUUCCUCUCCUCCAACCGGAUUGACUCGCCAGUGACUCGCUACGAUGAUUCGCGUCACUCGUUGUAUGUGGCCAAGAACCAUUCGAUCGAUGCCCACCAGGACUUCUCUCCGCUGCCGCAGAGCAAGGUGUACUCCUCAAGCUACCCGGGAAGCACCUACAACACCCAGGAGCACCGCCGCCAGCACGGCCAGCACCUGGACUACUCGGGCUCCCAAGACGACAUCUCGCAGGACAGCUACGAACUCCUCGAGAAGUACGACAUCGACUUCUUUGGAGGACGUGGUCGCUCCGAGGACCACAUGCGCUCCUGUUCGCUGGACUCGGGAAACUACAUUCCAAGUGACGACGAGUCUGUGUCCGAGGGGCACCAACAACACAAGUACCGCUCCGCAAUCGACGUCAAAUCCAAGUCCGCGGCGGACAUUAUGAACGAAAUAUGGGACGCCGAGGACCCACGCUAUCUGCCGCGCGAAAAGCUGUCGGUCAAGUCGGACGGAAACUUCUACAAGAAGAUCCAAGAGGCUCUGACCCGCACCUCCAGCCAGGAGAGCCAGAGCGAGCUGUUCGAGACAAAGAUUUCCCGCAGCUCAGACUCCAGCAAGAAGUCGCGCGACAGUCUCUACCACACGGACAGCAAAAAGUCUCGGGAGACCACCAAGAGCAAGACUUCGGUGGCAUCUAGCCAGGACUCCAAAGAAUCCUUGGUGGGAGAUUGUUUCGGACGCAACUAUGAGAUGCCCACCACCACUGGCAAAAAGGUGAAGCAGUUCACUAAGAAGGAGCUGUACGAGAAGUUUGCGCAGUCCAGUCAGGAGUCGAAGAGUGACUAUUACGAUGCCGUCGAAGCCGGUCUGGAACAAGCACCCGAGGGCCUGUACUCAAGGCCAAAGGUCAAGAGCCACGACUGCCUACUUUCGGACACACAUAGCUCCACUGCUAACAGCUCCUUCUACGACAGCCGCGAUACGUACUCCACCUUCCCCAGCAACAAGACGCACAAGACCUCGAAGGUGCACUCGAUCAGUUUGCAGAACGUGGAGAUCGAACGCAACGCCAAGUCCUUCGGCAGCAAGUCACCGGAGUCGGUGUCGACUCCGGCCUCGGGAAAACGUUGCCGAGAAAAGGACAUCCAGACGGGAGACUCGCUCGAUCAGAUGGCCCCGAUAAAGAGGGGCAACUCACAGUCCUGCAAGAUAUCCGCCUUCCGUCGACGGUCGGACAGCGAGAACAUCUUCAGCUUCGACCAGGAUCGCAUCGAGUGCAUCCAGAAGUACACCAAGCAGUGGGAGGGCCAGCAGCCCAAGGACGAAAAGAGCAAGCAGAGUCCAGAGUAUCCGCUAACUCCAGAGCUGGUGUCGGAGUUCGAGAAGCAGCAGGCGCGUCUCAUGGCCCACCAAAAGAUAACUCGCAAGGAGGAGCUUAUGGCCAAGACGCACUUCGAGGAGUACAACCCGAUAAUGGUGCCCCUCAGUUACUCGUCUCAUGCCACAGUGGAGCGCACCAAGAGUGACCCCAACUCGCUGGCGAAUCGCGCCCGUUUGGGGAGUAAUUCGCGCCGCCAUGUGCUCAUGCACCAGAAGUCCAUUGAUCUAACCCCGGCCGACUCAAACUCCAGCGAUGAGGAUUACAUCUACAAGCAGAUCCCGAGCGCUCCUCCUCUUUGCAAAGCACAUGGCAAUUUCGAAAUCCCCAAGUGCUACGAUGGCGCUCCCACUUCACAGGUCGCCCAGGAGCUGCCUAAAACGGGCUUCGAGCUGCCAAAGAGCUUCUUCAGGGACUACGAGAAGCGUUUCACCAAAGUUCUGAAGGAGGACAUUCCCUAUGUGCUCCACAAGCGGCACAUCAUGAACGGAACUGCUCCUUCGCCCAGCGAGAAGAAGCACACUAAGCCAAAGUCUCCAAAGUCGCCGAAGUCCCCCAAAUCUCCGAAGUCGCCGAAGUCCCCAAAGUCUCCAAAGGCGAGUUGCGGUAUUCCGGGGGCUGGUGUGUCCGACUUCCUGCCAGACAUUCUCGACAGCCUCUUGCCCCCGGACACCAAGGAGUUCCUCUUCACGCAGAACAUUGACCUCUCGAAAGUGGACCCCAUCACGCUGGAGAUCGACAAGACCAUUCCCACAAUACACCUGUCGUCGCCAAAGCGCGAUAUUACGAAGCAGAUGGAUGCUUCAACGCUGGAGAAACUGAACAAGAAACUAAGCCAGAUUGAAAGCGAUUCGGCCACCAGUUCGCGAACCGAAAGCAUGCAGCAGCAGAAGCUCGAGCAGAAGCAGAUGGAGCUUAUCCAGAGCCUUCGCAAGGAGCUGCAGGCCAACGCCCGCAAGGCCAACAAGCCUAGGGUCAUUCCCAAGACCAAGUCGGCUGGGAAGUCAAAGAAGGGCAAGACCCGCAUCACCUCCUUUUCCUCCGAUGACGAGAGCUUGGACUCGGACGACGUGUUUGGCUCAGCGGAGGCCAUUCCCGACCGCUUGGAAUUCUCGCCGCCGCAAUCUCGCAAGGAGAUCGAGUCCAUUCUUCGUAUCGAGCAGAGUAGACUCAUCUCGGCAGCUUGGGGUCGUGGGCAGACCAUGAGCUCCACGGAGAUCGAGGGCUCGCCUCCCCAGUGUAGGCGACUGGCGGAUCUGGAGAGCCGCUAUCAGACCCAGAAACUGGACCCCCAGUACGCGAAUGCCUCCGAGCUGAGGCGCAUAUCGGAGCGCUCCAUCUCGAUUCCCUCGUCGGAGGACGAGCCCCACAUGCCCAUGCGGGGCCGCAUUGACGAGUGCACCAACGACUACCAGAGAAACGAGAACAUUCCCUCGCCCAUUCUGGAACACGCCGAGUUCUUCCGCAGCAACGACGACAUAUAUGAGACUUGUCACGAGGAGCGCAUCACCGGAUCGGACAUCGACUACACUCUGAAGAAGCAGACAGCCAGCGGGGCCAAGUCCAAGGUGAAGCUGAUCGAGGAGAUAAUCGACUCUUCGAUUGUGAUGCGCUCCAAGGGCCAUGCCCCGAUCCUGUUCGCCCACGCACGACUAAAUCUCUCGGAGGGAUCUGUGUCACUGCAGCGCCAGAAGGCCACUCAGCAGCAGUCGCCGACGACGGAGAGACGAACCAAGAGCCUGGACACUCCGGUGAUCUCGCUUCACCGCCUGCCGCCCAUGAACGCCUUCUCCUCGAAGGACGACACCGUUGGCUUCGAGGAGGAGGCCGAGAUUCUAGAGGAGAAAUCCCUGGAGCGGGAGGGCCAAACGGGCGCCCAGGAAGAGGACACCGCCGACAGCGUCCACUCCUGCGCAGGAUCCAUACCCACGCAGAGUAGCUACCAGGCGAACGGCAAAGACUCGCUGCUGAGCGCAGUCACCAUCGACAGCGAGGAGGCCCAGCUGCUCAAUCAACUGCGGUACAUCGAGAAGAUCGCCUUGCAGGGCGUCAAGAUCAAGGACAAGAAGAAGUCGAAGAUGAAGCUGCGGAGCGGUGAUCACCUCAUCCUAAACAUACCCAAGUAUCGGUUCACUGACUGGUCGCCCUACAGCUCGGCGAACAGCUCCCGCAAGACGUCGCCCGGAGUCUCGAGGGCCAGCAGCAUCGAGAGCACUGGCAAGGGUAAGCUCAAGACAUCGGAGCCCUACAAGGGAAAACCGGUGUCGCGAAGCCGACCGGAAUCCCGGCGGACCAGUGCCGACGACAUCAAGUCCCGUGACGGGAGAGGCAGUAAGAAGUCCAGUCCAAAGGAGCGACCUCGGUCGAUCGAGAUGCGCCGUCUCAGCAAGGACAAGAGCAAGUCGCAAGAGGAGACCGAGGCAGACGUCGCCAAGCGCAAAGAACGCCAGCAGAAGCUAUACGAAUCAGCCAUGAAGCAGACCAUUACCAUGCUGAGUCCGGUAAAGGACACUUUGCCUGCCUUCCCCGCUCCAGAGGAUAAAAUACUCGUCAAGACCGACGGGGACAAGAUCAUUAUCGAAACAGAGUUUAAGUCGAAGGCGGAGGAUCACGUUCUGAUCGCUAAAAGUCCCAGGAAGCUCGACAACUCGCUUGUCAAGUUCAGCCGCAGCUUCGACGAGGGACGCAGCCCCGACAAACUGGACAAAGCGAACCGCAGCUUCGAGGAUCGCAAUAAGUCCUUUGAAGACUCCGAGAAGUCUGACGCUCCCGAGGACAUGCUCAUUAAAUCGCCCAAGAAGAUUGCCAAGGCGCAGGAGCUGAAGCAGAAGAUCGAGGGCAAUGUUGUCCACAAGAAGAUAGAUGGGAAAUCAAGUAGUCUGGAGAGGCCCGCCGAGCAUCACUAUCUCGGUCCAGACGUCAAGGCUCGCAGCCUUGAUGACAAAAGACAGGCCGCCGAAGCGGCAAAGAAGAAUGAGGAGAAGCCGGCUCCAGUGGCCAGGAGUGCUAUCGGAGAUCGCCGAAUGUUUGCCCACCAAUACCAAGUCCAAGAGCCCCUUCAGGAGGACAUCGACAUGCAAGCGGUGAUCUCGGAGCGCCGGUCCCUGGAGAUCCUUAAACGAUCGCUGCCCUCCGAGGACGCACGCGAUAGCGAGGGGGCUUUCAGUCGGAAGCCCUCCACAGCCGAAAGCCUGGACUCCUUCGUCUCCGCUGAUGACAGCCACUCGCCGGCCAGUAAGUCGCCGAUUCCAGGCGCAAUAGCCGGAACAGAAGGCUACCCGCACCGAGUGCCCACUAUUGAGUGCGAAGAGCCAUCCAUUGAGGAGGACGACAACUCCUCCGAGAGACGCCAUCUGAGGGUUGGGAGGCAAGAUACAAAUCGACUGAGUCUGGACCGCAGUCGGAGCGAUGAAACAGGGUCCUGGAUGACGGUGGAGUGCGAUGAGUUUAUAGGAUCUGAUACGUCUGACAAUGAGCCUCGCACCUUGGAACCAGAUCGCAAUGUUCUCGAGACGCAGGCCACUUUGGAGGACGCUAACCCGCUGGAGUACUCGAACUGCGCCACUCCCACUUCUGAUUUAAACAUCCUCUUAACGCCACCCAACGCGAGUCCCCAAAUCGAGAAGUCCGUGCUGGAGACAUUCGAGAAGUAUACCGGCUCUUCGGACAGCAGCAAGAAAAACCGCAGCCUGGACAAGCAAAGUGACCGUUCCAAGAGCUCCGACUCCUGGACGAGCGGAGAGAAGGACACAAGUCCCCAGAGACAGCAGGAUUGGAGCCUGUCGGUGGGCAAGGAAAAGAGCUCCGUGGAAGAGGAGUCUAGCGUCAGCUGCUCCAUUGCACGACCCCUGGGAAUUUCUCAGGAUUUUGGCAACGAGGAGGCACGCAAGUGCCAGGAGCUCAAACAGCGGAUGCUCCAGCUGGACGUGGGCAAGGAUGAGAUCACACCCACGGGGUCCAACGAGCAAACGCCUACCAACGAGCCGAAGGUCCUGGUUGGCAAGAAGCCGAGCACGCCCACGCUAGAAAAACAGAGCCCAAUCGACUUGGGGAACAGCACAGAGUCCUAUCUGGAUCCCAUCGAGGAGCGUAUUGCCAAGAUCCUGGAUCGUGGAGGCGCACGCACUGAAGACAGCGAAUCCAGUUCCGGUGGCUCCCGCAAACCACCGCGCAUUGAGAAGCCCGCGCGGGCCAACGCGGGAAAGAAACUGUCGGUAACUCGGGCGGAGCCAGGGAAGUCGGGCAGCGAUCGCAGCUCCCAGGAGUCGAAGUCCAGCUUCGAUUCCAAAGGCUCUCUGAGCGUGGAGUCUCGAGGCUCAUUUGAGACGGAAAGCAGUUCCGGGUCUUUGGGGGCGGCGCAAAGGCGCGGCGACCUGGCUCAGAAGGAGCAACAAAGCACCUGGCGACCGUUCCCCAUUGAAAGCUCAAACAGCUCCAGCACAGAUGACCCCUGGCACCAUGUGGAGACUGAUGGGGGCUACGAGCGGUACGAUGCACAAAACCCCCUGCGCGACUCCUCUGACAGCGACGUGAAGGAAGCUUCCCCGGACGAGCAGAAGGACGCCAGCGAUGCCAGCUACCAGGACGAACUCAACGACUUUCCGGCCACUUUCGGCUACCCAGCCAUGACUAGCAACUUGGGUGGCAUUGGGGUGAACCCGACGGACAUAAUCGGCUACAGCACAGGCUUCACUUUAGGCAGAACUCUCUCGAGGAUCUCGGAACGCAGCACUGCCUCCGAGAAGUCCAGCAUGGAGGACGACGUAAGCAAGGCUUCGACGCACUCUGUGAGCAUGCGGGAUGAGUCCGUGGGGUCCACAGACCACCAGCCCAGUUUGAGCUCCGAUUCGAGGAGCAACACUAAUCUUGCCUACAUCUCGGAUGCUGAUCGACGCACCUCCGCAGAGAUGCCGGAGAUUCCCUGCGACUCGGCCACUGGCGAUCGACUCUCCAGUUUCGGAAGCCUCAACGAACCUAAAUCGCCGACUCUGGUCACUGGACGCUUUUCAGUGACCCACGUGGAUGAACUGCAGGGCGACGAUGUGGAGCGUCACACCCUCAUGUGUCUCUCCAAUGCGGGCAGUCAGGACUCGGAGGACUGGCCCCUGCCGGAGAUUCCCUUCGAUCAUGUGCCGGUGAAGCCGGCCGACUCGAUGUACGCCAUGCCGGACCUGGACAAACCGGUGCCCAAGUCCUUCUGCUGGAAGGCGAGCAUGUCGUUCCAGCAGUCGCAGGACUCCUUGGACUGGCCCUCGCCUCCCUCGAGUACCAUCGGAGUCGGCGCUCCCAUAAUUGUGGAGAGCAUUGAGACGUACUACGCCAGCGAAGUGCAAAGUGCUGACAAAGUGGUCUUGGACGAGGAGAUGGCAGUGGGACCGCCGGACGUGGCCAAAGUGCUGCCCUACGAGGACACCGCGUAUCUCAUGUCGGCGGCCUUCGACGACAAUGACUUUGGCAACGAGCAACUGCAGCCGGACACGGUCAGCUGUCUGAGCUCAACGCUCAGUGCAGCUUCUUGCCUCUCCUCCUCGCUGAACGUGAGCUGCAGCACCUCCUCCACCCAGGCAACCGCCAGAGUCCAGCGCAAGAACUCCAGUCCCGAAGUGAUUGUCGCCCAGCCCACAAGGUCGCCCGCUCCAAGGAGCCCGCUCUCGGAGGAAGAGCUCUUCUCCAGCGACGACGUCUUCAUGCCGGGCACCAUUAAGGUCCAGCUCUCCCCCGACGCGCAGAUGCGGAAGCUGUCGAGGGGCUCCAACAACUCGGACACCUCCAUCGACGACAUCCUGUCGGGCAGCACCACCUACCUGGAGGACCAGACCACCGUGCGGAGGAACUACGAAGCCCGCCUGAGCAGCGGUGGAGGCGGGACGAGCUGCAAGAAGUGCAGCCACUCCAGCCACUCGGAGGAGGAGACCAGCUCGCUGGGCACGGACCUCGACGGAACCGUGCGUAUGGGAGGGAUGCAGCAGAAGAAGUGCACCCACAGCUCCCACUCGGAGGACACCUCCAUCGGGCUCAGCAUCUCGGAGUGGUCCACGGGCACCAACACAGUGCGCCAGUACGCGAACCUCUCCGGAUCGGACAGCCUGUCCGCCGUGUCCACGCACUCGUGUGCCAAGAGCGAGAAGUCCAACCAGACCAAGUCGAGCAUCAGUUCGAUCAACAAGUCGGCCGAGAGCCUCAACGAGCAGAGCGGAGGAAGCAGCUUCUCGCACAAGUUCAGCGGGGAGAACGGCUCCUCGGACGGCCUGCGCUACGACAUGCUCUCCAAUUCCGAGACGGACAAGCUCAGUGAGCCCACCUCGGCGACUCGGAGCGACGACACGACGCUGACCCUCACCGAGAUGGCCCACACCAUCAGCGAGUGGUCCACCUCGAGCAGUCGCACGCUGGUCGGCGUGACUCCCGGCGAGUACCUUCCGCUCAAGCAGGCGCUGUCGGGGAACAAAACCAGCCUGAGCUCCCCCAGCGAGGAGAAGCGCUGCGCCCUGCCGCAGGUGCACCGGAGGAGCGGCAGCAAUGGCAACCAGGCUCGGACCUCCCAGGAGCACGGCGACGCUCCGACUGGUCCGGAGACAAGUGCCGCCGCUCGAAAGCGUCGCUCGCUGGAGAUGAUGUCCAAGCUGUACCAGAGCCAGGAGAUAUGCUCGGAGUCCGAGUCGCCGUUCGUCGAGCGUCUGUAUGCACACACCGAGAAGCUGACGGAGCGCUACCAGAGCCAGGAGUUCGUGCCCCUGCACGGGGCACCCGGAGCCCGCCCCCCUCCGACCACCACCCAGAUCCAAACCCAGCAGCCCCAACAGGCGCGCCAGAAGCCGAGGGCUCCGCAGCCGCCCACGAAACCGAAGCCGGCAGUUACGCGGCCCAUCAUGCAGGCCCUGCUCAACAAGAUGAAGCAGCCUGGGCUGGCGGAGCAGGCAGCCGAAGCAGCGGAGGCCGAGGAGAGAAAGGCCAGGGAUGCCGCUCCUCCGGCAGUGGCGAAGCCGAAGCCGCCACCAGUGCCCACCGUGCCGCCCAUCGUGACGCCCAGCGACUUGCCCGGCGACGUGGUGGCUCCUCCGCCCAAGCCGCUGGCCAAGCACCACAGCUACGACGACAGGACGCUCUCGAAGACCCAGAUCCGCGAGUUCAAGACCACCAGCAAACAGCUGCGCCAGUCGAGCUCCUUCCACGAGCACAUGCUCAGCAAGUCGCAGCAGUCCUCCCAGGAGCUGCCCAUGCGGAUCGACGAGGAGCGGGACCCGCACUCCACGUCCUCCGCCACCAACACCACCACCACGACCAACACCCUGAACAGCGAGAGCACGGAGCCCAGCUCCCCGCAGAUGCCCCAGCGGGCGGACAAGUUGGUCCGCUGUUCGCCGUACUACUCCAGCAGCCUGAGCUCGGAGUCGCCGCCCAACCAGCUGCUGCAGAAGCCCCCCAGGAAGGCGGCCAGCCAGCUGAGUGCUGGGGCCGUGGCCACGUCCUUGAAGAGUCCGCCCAGUGGCAACGACACGGACAGCUCGCUGGACGUGCGCGGUCAGGAGGCGAAGAUGCGGAGCAGGGGCUACCGCAAGAAGCGCCAGCUGCCGGCGAAGAGAAUGCGGGCCAACAUGACGGCGGCGGCCCUGCUGGAGCAGGCGGAGAGCUCCGAGUGCUCGGAGGGGUACGUGCCGGAGGUGGACUCGGGCAGCUCGGAGUACUCGUCCUGCCAGCGGGACGACCAGUACCUCGAGUUCGACGAGGAGCUGGAGCGGGAUCAGGAGCAAACGGACGAGUACGACGACUAUCCGCAGUACGGCGGCAAGUUCGAGAGCCUGGACAUGAGCGACAACGUGGACGAGAUGGGCUUUCCCCGCUACGACCGCCUGGGCCACAUCACCAAGCCCAUGUACCACCAGGCCCUGGCGACGGAGCGGCCCACUCCGGUGCCGGUUCCAGCCCCGGCCAACCACCCAAUGCCUCCGGCCACAGGACAGCCCGUGAAGCCGGCUCGCACCAAAAAGAGGCAGCUGAAGCGGGAGGACUCCUCCGCGGCGGGGCCUUCGGGGAUGUCGGGAGCGGUUCCCGCGGCCCGACCCUACCACGGGCGCAGCUACUGCAACCCGGAGGAGAGCGAGUACGAGACGCGGGGCGGCGGCCUGUCCGACGAACUGGCCAACUCCAGCGAGGACAGCUGCAGUGGAUUCGGCGGAGAGGCGGGGGCCUCGGGCUCGGGCACCAUAAGGAGGGGCGCAGGCAAAGCAGCGGGACAGGAUCAGCAGCAGGCAGGAGCGGGAGCCCAGGCCAGACAGGUGCCCUAUCCGGACUUUCUGUCCGACUACGAGAGCGAGCCCAUUGAGUACGAGCGGUAUGCCUGCGGACUGGACAUUCGUGUGGAUCCGCCACCCAAGUUCCACGACUCGGACGAGUUGAGCGACCAGUAGGGAGCGAUCUCCGAGGAUUUGGGAGGGCGAGGAGCAGCCAAGUAACCCCCAAGAAACCCCGUUGCGUGUGCUUACCGAAUGCAGCCUUUUCAUUUGUUACGUUGCCUUGGAAAUUUUAGAACGACUCUUCGACUUUUACACACGAUCCAAGUACUUAUAACCAACUUAUUUGUAACUGAGACUGAUUUACGACAAGCUAACAAAACAAAAAGAAAAACCCAAAAGUAUUACAAGCUGCAAACAAAAAAAAAAAAAAAAAGAAUUAUAACUCUCCUUGAAGCGUUAGAGAAUCAAAUCAAAUUCUAGUAAAAACAUUUUAAUCAAACAUAAAAACAUAACAAAUCAAAUAAAUACCUUAAAUAAUCGAAAUGACGGCAAAAGCCUGUAGGUCGGUGUAGAUUGAGUUGCCUUUGAGCGGUAUCUAUAUAUGACAAUGUUAUAGAUCAAUUCAACAUUUAAAUAUAUAUAUGGGGGCAUGUUGAGCGGAAACGUUAAACGAGUUGAACAAAUUUUAAUGCACUGUUUAAUCAUCGAAUAAUGGAAUACAAGAUACGGCAAAUGUUUAAUUGUUAUUUAGCUAAUACAACACGAAUCGAGACACAAUACUUAAGAUAAAAGUUAUUGAAUGAAUAUAUUAUAUGAUCAAUUCAAUUGCCACGAACUUUGCGCAGUUAUGUUCAGUAUUUCGUCAGUAUCAAUAGCGCAGGUCAUGAAAUCCUAUCCAUCUGAGUUCCAACCCAAGUGUCAAUGCAAGGUAUACUAAGUGGGAAUAUCCAGAGCCAGACCUCUAACUAGUUAUGUACACCUAUGUUCUAGUUUUAGUAAUCUCAGAUGAUGAAGCGACAAAUCAGCCAAAUGCUUUAAAACUCUUAUCCAAUGAAGACCGUUGGAAAAGAUUCGAAUACUCUAGUUCCCAAACCACAUUUAUAGGACCUUCAGACAGGUGCUCUACAUCCCGAUCAAAAGUAUUCUCCUACCAAAACUUGGAAUUAUCACAGUAAUGAAGGCAUUUAUUCCAUGCUAUUAAGCGGUUUUCUAGUCAUAUAUAUUUUAUAUUGUUAUUGAUCUGUAUAAGUUUUUAAUUUUACGGCAAACGUUUUUAGACGCAAGUUACCAAUUUAACUAUUACUUACGAUUCUCACAAGUGAACAAAUGUUGUCUUAGCUAUUAGUUUUGCUUAGUACUUAAAUGUGCCAAAUCGAAAAUGGAAACCCCUAUACCAAAAGUAUUAUCUAGAUUCUAGAUGUAAUUGUAAUGGAAGCAGUGGACGAAAUUUUUGAAAACCCUGUUAAGUUUUAAAUCCGUUUGGAAACUUAUAUACCUGUGUGGGAAAGAUGAGUGUGUGUUUGUUUUUUAAAUUUACAAAAAGAUAUUUAAGUGUUGUUAGAGAAGUUGAAUGGAAGGAAAUCGGUAUUAGGUAAAGUAAGCGUACAAUAAUUUUACUAAUUUAAUCCUGAUCAAAAUUAUUGGAAUCAAAAUAUCUAGUUGUGUUUAGAUUUAAUGUAAUGUCUAAUGUGUAAUUAAAGAUCGAAAAUUGGUUGUUAAAAAGAAAGCUUGUUUAUAGGUUGACCAACAUUACUUUGAUAUCCCAUUUACCCGUAGAAAAUAUCUUUAGUUAGGAAAAUCUAUUUUUAAAGGUACAUUUUUAACACCCUGCAGAGAGAUUUCGAAACAAAAUUUUAGGUUGCCAAAACGGAGUAAAUUUAUGAAAAUAUUUUGAAUUACAAAUGUUGUAUUUCAAACUAAAGUCUUCGUAUAUGGACAACUAAAUCAACAAGAGUACUAGCUGAAUUUUAAGAAAGUAGAAAAAGAAAUGUUUGCUUUGCAACACAAAUUUAAACUCAGUAAGGUUUAUUUUAAACAAAAUUUUUCUCACGUUAUGCCAAACCAAAAGAUUACACAAACAAAUAAAAACAAUGAUGGGAGGUUGAAUAUUAAAAACCCAUUAAAAGUACACGAGCAAUCGAUUUAACAAGCAUUAACUUAUUAUUAUAUAGAAACGAAACAAAAUAAAUAAAACUUCAUUAAUCAAAUAAA